AUGAAGUUGUCACUGCUCGCCAUCGUCGCUGCCGCGGCCACGACCGUCUCGGCCGGUGUUGUCAUCACGCCCGUGUUUGCGGACCAGGUGGUUGCAAAAGACUCGGGUGACUGCUUCUUUGGCGUUGUGACGCCGCAGGGCUGCGCACAGUCAUAUCAGGCCGUGCUUGCCCCCGACACGCGGACGGAAUAG